UCAAAAACGUAUAUGUGAUCACACGUAUUUCAUGAAAAUUAGCUCCUUCAAGUAGUGGCCAAUUGUUUCGUCAUAGACGAUCUUUGGCUGUGACGCGGCUGGCUGUCAUUUAGGAAACUACACUAGCAUCUUCCUUUUCUCGGAUGCGAUAUCGACUCUUCGCAAUGACUAAUGGCCGACCUGUACCUUUGUAAAUCACCAUCGACUGACACUUGUACUCUGGCUUGUGGGAGAUGAGACACUGUUGUUGGAGGACACAUCAUGAGUAUCCAGAGUCUAGGGGGAGCAAUAGGGGAGUCCCUGGGCUCUAGCCUUACAGUACGCAUGAGUGGAGCAGGCGGUGGCCGGAGUCCUUUCGCCUUAAAAUCAUCUGGUCGGAUCACGUCUCUCCUGCAAACAAUGGUGCCGACUGGGUACACCAAACUCCAGGAUGAGCGUCUGGCUAUGGUGGACCUCGGAGCUAAACAUGAGGCCACUUCCCUCCAGAAUGGCUACAGACAAGAAGCACCGUCUCAACUAGAAAGCCGACGGCUGCUGGACCGCGCAUCUCGGUCAUCUGUGACUUUAUCCGACUCUGGAGAUGGGAGCUACUCAGAAAUGGUGCCCAUGUUGGCUGAGAGGAGACUGUCCGAAGAGGAUGCUGAUGAGGAUGAAGGCGGGGAGGAGGAAAGACUGGAAGCGGCAGUGCAUAUCCUGCCCAAGGAGUCCCCUCUUGCUAUGGCUUUGCAGAUCAUCGUGCCUUUCCUGCUGGCUGGCUUUGGAACUGUAUCAGCUGGCAUGGUGCUGGACAUUGUGCAGCACUGGGAGGCUUUCCAGUACAUCACAGAGAUCUUCAUCCUGGUUCCGGCUUUGCUUGGCCUGAAGGGCAACCUGGAGAUGACGCUGGCCUCACGCCUCUCAACAGCGGUGAACGUGGGCAAGAUGGAUUCUCCGAUAGAGAAGUGGAAUUUAAUAAUAGGCAACCUGGCACUCAAGCAGGUUCAGGCCACUGUGGUGGGUUUCAUGGCAGCUGUCGCAGCUGUGGUUCUUGGCUGGAUCCCAGAGGGGAAGUUCCAGAUGAGCCACGCCGUGCUGCUGUGCUCCAGCAGUGUAGCCACGGCCUUCAUCGCCUCCAUGCUGCAAGGUUUCAUUAUGGUGGGCGUGAUUGUGGGUUCCAAGAAGACAGGCAUUAACCCGGACAACGUUGCCACCCCUAUUGCAGCAAGUUUUGGUGACCUCAUAACCUUGGCAAUCCUGGCCUGGAUAAGUCAAGGCCUCUACAAGUGCCUAGAUUCCUACCCAUACGUGUCAUCUGUGGUCUGUGCCUUCUUCAUGUGUCUGACCCCUCUGUGGAUGGUCAUCUCCUCCAAGCACCCGGCCAGCCGCACCCUGCUGUACUCAGGAUGGGAGCCUGUCAUCACUGCCAUGGUCAUCAGCAGCAUCGGAGGACUCAUCCUGGACAAGACGGUGUCUGACCCCAAUCUGGCUGGAAUUGUCGUGUACACUCCGGUAAUCAAUGGUAUCGGGGGUAACUUGGUGGCAAUUCAGUCCAGCCGGUUUUCCACUUGCCUGCACUUCCACUGCACCCCCGGGGAAGUUCCUGAUGAGUUCAAGGGCUGUUACUACCCUUGUCGCACGUUCUGUGGGACAGGAGCCAAUCACAGAUCUGCUCAGGUACUCCUUCUUUUGGUGAUCCCUGGUCACGUCAUUUUCCUCUACACCAUUCACCUGAUGAAAAGCGGACACACUACCCUGACACCUAUCUUUAUGUCUGUAUACCUGGCUGCUGCACUGCUGCAGUUCACACUUGCAGUGUACAGGAUGAAGAUGCAGCUGUGUGCAUCAUCUCCAUUCCUGGAGCUAUGUGGUUUCAGGCAAUGUCAGACAGAAUGACUGAAUAUUCUUUUUCUGUUCUAUUCUAUAUCAGAUAUUCUUUUGAUUUGUCGGUAGAGGGAAUGCUUUGCAUUGUGAACAACUACCUCUGCUAUUUCCAAUGCAGCAUGAACUGUCUUAAUGUUUGUGAGGUUUCACUAGUUGAUUUGAUGGCACCACUUGUGUAAUUUAUGUCAAUUCCACUACAAUGCCACCCUUGCAAAUAGGUUACUACUGAGCAAUGACACUGGUGCAAUAAUGCCCCAAAAUAAUCAUACUGGUUAAUAAAUACCCAAUUCCUAGCCUUGUGGAGGCAGAAUCUGUGAUGCAUUGAAUAAUAUGGUGCAGGUACAAGAGUAUAGUGCAAGAGUAAACACACUUUUAAACAUUCUUGAUAGUCCUUCUGAAAAAGAAAACAACAUUAAAAGUGAAGAACACUAUUAGAAAAGUCGAGUAGAUGUGCUGGCAGCUGUUUCUGCUCAGGCUAUGAUUAAGGAGCCAGGCAGACGUGAAAGCUAUAUUUGCUCCCAUUUUAGUUGUUGAACCAAAUUUACAGCAGGGGAAAUUAUUUCAUCCCCUGCUGAGUUUGUAAGUUUACCCUGACAGAGACAUGAACAUUCCACAUUUUUGGGUAGUUUGCAAAUGAGGGAGACAGAAUAAGCUCCAUAGAAGUUCGAAAUAAAGUUUUGGAAGCAAAACGUGACCUACAGUGGUACUUGGUGGAGUCAACCCUGUUGCCAAGCAUAGAGGUCGGAUGUUUCUUGUAGGAUUGCACACAUCUCAGGAAGGAUGUCCUCUUUACAGAUCAUCUCCAAAUCCUGAAGAUUACAAGGCUGUUGCUUGGCAACUCUACAUUUCAGCUUGCUCCACAGCUUUUCCACAGAUUAAGGUCCCCAGACUCCAGUAUCUAAAUGUGUUUCUUCUAGAAUGCACCCCUAUGUUGCAUAAGCUGUAUGUUUUGGGUCAUUGACCUGCUGUAAGAUUCAUCACUGACCCAUCUUUGGUGUUCUGCCUGAAGAUUCUACAUAGCAAGGGCCCGUUCAUCAUAUCUAAUUCUUUCUUAGCAGAAAAACAGCCCCUAAGGAGAUUUUAUUUCCAUGUUCCAUGUUUGACAGUAGGAAUGGUGUUGGUUUGGUUUGAUGCCAAAGAGGAACAUUUUGGUCUUACCUGACCACAUCACAUACUCCCAAGUCUUGAUGAAGUCAUUCAGGUGUUGAUUGGCAAACUUCUGGCAGCCUCAGUCCAUCACGGCAAGGUGUGUUACUGAAGCUUUUCCUGGUGACCGAGCUCCCAACUCCCUUGACAUCAUCAACAAGCUCCUUCCUUGUAAUUUUAAGGGCUGAUCCCUCACAUUUCUUCCAUUAAUGCAUUAUUGCACCAGUUAUGGUCUUUAUAGGGCUGCACCGCGGUCCUGUGGUUAGAGCGCAGAUGCUGGUUCAAUUCCACCCUUGGCCAUCUCUGUGUGGAGUUUGCAUGUUCUCCCCGUGCAUGCGUGGGUUUACUCCGGUUUCUUCCCACAUUCCAAAAACAUGCUAGGUUAAUUGGCCACUCCAAAUUGUCCAUAGGUAUGAAUGUGAGUGUGAAUGGUUGUUUGUCUAUAUGUGCCCUGUGAUUGGCUGGCCACCAGUCCAGGGUUUACCCCACCUCUCCCCCGUUGACAGCUGGGAUAGGCUCCAGCACCCUCGCGACCCUCGUGAGGAUAAGGGUAGAAAAUGAAUGAAUGAAUGGUCUUUAUAUUUACCAAGCUGAACUACAAGAGUAAUUUGUGUGCUUCAUGUGUGCUGGAGAUGUCAGAAUGCAUGCUAGUUGCCAGGGGAUCAAAUAUAAAUGUAUUUAUAACAUGUAGUUAAUGCUUUUGGUACUAUUCUUUAUCUUCUGUUGAACUUCAAAACAUUCUGUACGGUUGAUGAAGGGAAUAAACUUACAAAAUCAACAGGGGAUCGAAUAUUUCCCCCACUGGAAUUUCAUAUUAGUUCAUCUGGAUGACUCAUUGUAUACUAAAUUAAUAGCAGCGACACCGUAUGCAGUACACAAGGCACUGUUAGCAAUAUCGGAUAGCAUUCGUCAGGUUUGUUGUAUGUUGUUAUAAUCUAAUAAUGACUAAGCUGGAUUUCUACAUUCAGCUACUGUCAGCUGGUUAUCACGUUUGAUAAAUCAGUGUUUAGUUUUUUUUCUUCAUAUAUACUACGUAUACUUCCUCUUCAUGCUGCUUGUAGUCCCAUCUAUCUUACAGCGAGAUACCACCAGCCCAUUGGUUCAAAGGCUGCAUAUAGCCUUAAAUGACCGCAAUACUUUUGGUUUAUAUGAUGCUUGGACAGACAAUUCCCUUAGAGUUAUAGACUUUUCACCUUAUCUUUUAAUAGACUUAUCUGUUUCUUUCUGCUGCACUUUCCUCAUGCAUGACUUCUGAAUAACACUCUUACUAGUCACAGCCUGCCGCUCUUCCCACUGCGCUUUUCUUUCAGGGUUAUGACUCUUAAAAUCCUUCAUCCCAACAGUCUUGAUCCUACUAGUUGUUUGUUCCUAUUAUUUACUUCCUAUUCCUUUGCUAACUUUCCGGAGUAACGUAUGCUUUUAGACAUGGCUGUCUGGACCAAACUCUAAUAUAAAUCAUCAAACAUGAAUAACUGGCUCCUUAAUCUUUAUUCUAUUAUGCCAUACGUCAGUAUGCAAAUAUUAAGCUGUGAUUUUUCUUAGCAUUUUGGAAAAUAUUGUUACUGUUACUAAUAAUAAUAAUAUCAGGAUGUGUUGUUUUCAGUAACGUUAUGUUGGUAUUUCAAAACAAAUCUUUGCAUAGGACAUAACAGUUAACUCGUUCCAGUGUCUGGAACUGUGGUCUUACUCGUUUAUUGUGGUGAAUUGGUUCCCCGCCAAUAAAUGGACUAUUUUCAUAGUUGGAGCAUACAGCAUUUUUACCAAUAUUAGAGCCCUGUAGACAUGAAAUAACACCCCCAGUCGCCUUUACUCUCGUUAUUCUUUGUUGACACCACAUUGCGCAGGCUCUGAAGGGACGGCCGCAGCUUUAAGCAUGGCAAAAUCUGAGCUAAGUAGUUAGCCUCCAAUUUAUUUAUUCUAAACGUAAGAAAGGUUUAGAAAUGGAGUGGGAAAGAAAGGUAAAGUAAGAAAGAAGCCCAAAACUUAACACUAUUGUAUGUCAUGUUGGACUAUGCAUCCAUGGCUGACUCCAUAUUGUAGGGUAAUGUAACAUUACUGACACCUAGUGACCAGAAUACUAUGUAUGCUCACUGGAGUUAGGUUUACUGAUGCCUUUUUAAUAAAACCAAGAUAAGGAUUUGUUACAAUUUCACAUAAAUGCCCAAACGUUUGUCCAUCCAGGUGUUGCUGCUGUUGUGCAUAGCCGACUGGAUGGUACAUUCCAUGUGGAGGAGCGGCAAAGACCCUGACAGUUUUUCCAUUCCCUACCUGACUGCUUUGGGGGACCUGCUGGGCACCGCCUUGCUGGCACUCAGCUUCCACUUCCUGUGGCU